GAAACGUCAAGUACAAAUGUAACCUCAAACUAAUAAAAUUUUUAAUAACAAAUUAAACUUAUUGCACAAUGAAGGUGCCAGAAUCCGAGAAAGAAAACGUCCUAUCGAGACGUUUGAACAAAAUCUUGGAAACCCGACUUGAAAACGAUCAGGAUACCUUGGAAGCACUAAAACAACUUUCAACAUUUUACACCGAAAACACUCUACAAGCACGCCGAAAUUUGCGCAGCCAGAUUGAAAAACGCAGCCUCGACAUAAACGAAAAUUUCCUCGCAUCGUUCAGAGAAGUAAAACAGUGUUUUGAUGCCGUUUACAACGACGUUUCCGAAAUGAGUAAAUCGAUCCAAGAAAUGACACAUCGACUUCACAAUGCUAAAAUGCAAACAAAGCAAUUGCUAGAGCAAACCAAGUCUUUGCAAGAAAGUGGCGAAAAAAAUGACAUGCAACAGCAGAUAGUUCAGGCUUUUUUGGACACGUUUCAAUUAACGUCGGACGAACUCAUCGCUCUGCAUGGAAACAAGCAAAAACGAGACGCCCCACUCACGAACGAGAUUUUUUCAGCGUUAGAUCACAUCCAGAAGAUUCAUUCUGAUUGCAAAGUUCUGAUGCAGUCGGGACACCAAACCCUAGCUCUGGACAUAAUGGAGCAGAUGACCUUACAUCAAGAAGGGGCUUUAGAACGACUAUAUAGGUGGACACAGCACCACUGUAGAAACGUCGAUAAUCCCGAUUUAACAGAAAUAAUAACUCAAGCAAUGGCCAGGUUGCAAGAACGCCAAAUGUUAUUCAAAUACAUAAUAGACGAGUAUUGCAUAGCGAGACGGUCAGUCCUCGUGGGCGAAUUUAUCAACGCUCUGACACGCGGGGGCCCUUCGGGCAACCCCGCCCCCAUCGAAUUAAGGGCCCACGACCCCCAGAUCUACAUCACAGAUAUGCUAGUUUGGUUGAACAAAGCCAUACCUGUUGAAAAACAAAAUCUUCACUUGCUUGUAAAAUUAUGCGACAAAAGUGAUUUAAAUCAGCAAUUGAAUGAAGCUUUAGCAUCGAUUUGUGAGGGUAUUUGCCAACCGUUGAAAAUUCGAAUUGAGAAAAUUCUCAGUUCUUCAGUCGCCCCAUCGGUUUUAUAUGCAGUUACAAAUCUGAUCCGUUAUUACAAAAAAUGCAUUUGUAAAAUAGUUACUGGGGGAUUGCUUGAGGCCACAUUGGUCGAAGUGCAGGAACGGAGCGAGGGGGCUUUCUUGACAACUCUCCAACAACAAGUCAAUAGUAUUUUAGUGAGGGUUGAGGCGCCCCCGAGGGACCUGUCGCCGACUCCCUCUGUUAACCACUUGUUGGCCAUAUUAAGAGACACGUUGUCCACUGCUAGUGUUAGUGAAGGGAGGGAGAGUGACAUGGGAAAAAUUGCGCAAUGUAUUAUGGAGCCCCUCUUGAGAGCCGUCAACGAACAAGCCUCUCGUCUGCCCCCCACCGACAUGGCUGUCUACAUGCUGAACUGCAUGUACUCAAUGUACACUUGUUUAUCACUGUAUGAAUUCAUGGACGAAAGAUUAGAACGACUUCAAGCACAAUCUGACGCCCAAAUAGACACUUUAACAUCAGAACAAGCGAGUUCACUUGUUGCAAAUCUUAAUUUGGGGCCGAUUUAUACCAUUUUGCAAGAUCACACGCAAGGGCCUCUGUCAGGAAUCCCCGGAAUGGAACCCACAAAUUUGAAAAAUUUCUUGGCCAAACUGGAUUAUUUAUUGGCUUCCCCUGACACAGUUUUGCUACCCCAAAUCAACUUGUUAUCGUCAUCUAAACACAAAAAAGCCGUUCAGAAAAGGGCGUUUGAUGUUCUUUUGGCCAUUUAUAAACAGCUGUAUGAAGGUGUUCACAACCCGGCGAAUUUGUACGAAAAUCCUGAGAAUAUUCUUAGCAAGACUCCAGACGAAUUAAUGAAAAUAUUAAACUAGGCUUUGAGUAUUAUUGUAUAUACGUUAUUAUUUUUAUUUUAUUCCAUAUAAGAGGAUGUUGUGUUUGAAACAAAAAAAUUAAUUUUUCGAAAUUACAAAAAAUGUUUUUCUUAGAUGCAGUUAAUUACUAAUUAAUACAUGGAA